AACGAAGCAUCCGCCCCCUCAGAGCUUUCCGCCCAAUCAGCGUCGAAGGCGGAGGCUUUUGAAAAGCGGCGGUUCGGUGGAACUAGGCGAAGGGAAAACCCGCGCGAGGCCGAGGAAAGGGCGCAUGCGCAGGGGCGGCCGGCGCCUCCCCCUUCCAGUCGUCUUCCAACUGGCGCCGGCGAGCUCGGGGGUUCGGACGCCGCCGGGAAACGCCGAGCAGCGGCCGGAGGGAGCGAGCCAGACGGCGCCGACCGACCCGUCGUCGCCUUCCCGAUCAUGACGCACAAGCAGAUCUACUAUUCGGAUAAAUACGACGAUGAGGAAUUCGAGUACCGACAUGUCAUGCUGCCCAAAGACAUAGCCAAGCUAGUCCCCAAGACUCAUCUGAUGUCCGAAUCGGAGUGGCGGAACCUGGGCGUCCAGCAGAGCCAGGGUUGGGUCCAUUACAUGAUCCAUGAACCAGAGCCACACAUCCUGCUCUUCCGAAGACCGUUGCCGAAGAAAGUAGAAAAAUAACACCUCCUCCUCCUUCUUCUUCUGUGUUUUCAAUAGAAGCACCUUUUUGGGAGAACAGUUGGUUCUUUUAUCUCUAUCGUGAAAUUCCAAGAAAUAUUUUAAGAUGCUGGGCUCAGAAAAUACCGCUCGACGUAAACAAGCAGCCAAGAAAAACUGGCUUUGCCUCCGAUAUUUUAUCAGGCCGAAGCCAUCUUCAAGAACCUGCGACAACUUGACUUUUUUAAAAAUAUUUUUUUUACACUGGCUGAAAGCUUGGCCCGCCCGAGGGGCCUAAAUCGUGGUGGUGGUGUUGUUUUUUUAAAAAAAUAAUUUCUGGUCUUGCAAAACUUUGUUCUGCUCCGUUUGUUCUUAAAAUGUGCCUUUCCUUUUUAAUCUUAUAUUUCAACUGCUUUAGAGCUUUUAAUAUGAUUGAUACGAUUGUUCUUUGGGUUGGGUUAAUAAAGGGUCACCAUGUGUCCAAGAUCAUUUCUGCCUUCGUGGACCCCAAUUCGGUCGCAGUUUUCUAGAUUGCUUAAUCUAAUGUAAUUUAGACAUUGGAAUGUGUCGAUGGAAGGCGGAAUCGUGUCCCAGAUUAACUGAAAAUUAGGAGAAAAAUAACAAACCGGUCGAUGCAACUACAACGGGUUCAAACAACCAUUGGAGGUGCACUGGUAUAAAGGAUUAAAAUUCAACCAGGUUGUCUUCUAAAGAAAGCCAGUCAGGACUUUAAACUUAGACCCUUGAUCUCUAAAAAACAAUAAAAUCAAUGAAAAUAGGCAAUAUUUAAGCUUUGGGUUCAAUGGACAAAUGCCGCAACUUUGGUGUAGUUACAUCCAUGUUGUAACCUCUGUUUAUGAGGCCGUAUAUAUAACCUAUUGUACCAAGAAAUAUUCUAUACAUAUUCCCCUUGUUUUCCUUGUGCUUAUUUCUGUUUUUAAAUUUUCUUUCUU